AAUAUGAUAAUACAUUACUAUACUAGUGCACAAAUUGCAAAGUUUUAUUAUUUAGUUAUGAUGAGUUUUUUAUCGAAACAAAUUAUUAGAUCAUUUUCUACAACACCUAUUGAUUAUGGCAAAAGAAAUUUUAGAAAUUUCAUACUUUACAAACGAGGUAAUAAAAAAUUUCAAGAACGAAUGAAAAACAAUCCAGAGAAAGAUCUCAUAAUAACCAAUUAUGGUAUAAAAGAAACAACAAUAAAACUGGGUAAUAAAGUAGUUACAAUACCAGAAAAAAUUCCAGAUAUUAUUGUACCAGAUUUGGAAGGAUUUCAAUUAAAACCAUAUGUAUCAUACAGAGUUCCAGAAGUUACUCAAUCAGAAUUCACUGCUAAAGAUUUAUUCAAUGCUGUUUAUCGAACAAAGAUAGUUGAAGAUUUUAAGGAAAAUAAACUAAAGGAAAAUGGUGAUCCUAUUGAACCUAAUGAAAAUGAAUUAUUGACUGCUAAACAAGCAAAAAUCAAAGCUAGACAGACUGGAAGUGAUUUAUUUUCUGAAGGCAGAUAAAAUCCAAAUAAAAAUGACUUGUUUAUUUUGUAAUUAUAUUUUCUUUCUCUUUUUAAGAAAUAUAAUGAAUAGUUUUCUUAAUAUUUGAA